UCUCUCUUUGCUCUUCCAAUGGCCACCACCACCACUUCUCUUUCCACGCUCUUCCUUCUCUUCCUCGCAACCGUCGCUCUUGUUGCCGCUCGCCGUGACCUCGUCGGAGACUUCCUCCGGCUGCCGUCUGAUUCCGGUAACGAUGAUAACGUCAAGGGGACGCGCUGGGCCAUCCUCUUCGCCGGUUCGAACGGCUAUUGGAACUACAGACAUCAGGCCGAUAUUUGUCAUGCCUAUCAAAUACUGAGGAAAGGUGGCCUGAAAGAAGAAAAUAUCAUUGUUUUUAUGUAUGAUGACAUUGCAUUCAAUUGGGACAAUCCAAGGCCUGGAGUCAUCAUUAACAAACCAGACGGGGAUGAUGUUUAUGAAGGAGUUCCAAAGGAUUACACUGGCGAAGAUGCUACUGCUCAUAACUUUUAUUCUGCUUUACUUGGAGAUAAGUCGGCGCUUACCGGUGGCAGUGGGAAGGUUGUGAACAGUGGGCCCGAUGAUCGCAUAUUUAUAUUCUACUCUGAUCAUGGUGGUCCAGGGGUUCUCGGGACGCCUGCUGGUCCUUACAUAUAUGCAUCUGAUUUGGUUGAAGUAUUGAAGAAAAAGCACGCUUCUGGAACGUAUAAAAACCUAGUAUUUUAUUUGGAGGCAUGUGAAGCUGGAAGUAUUUUUGAAGGUCUUCUUCCUGAAGAUAUCAAUAUUUAUGCAACAACGGCUUCGAAUGCCGAAGAAAGUAGUUGGGGAACAUAUUGUCCUGGGGAAUAUCCUAGUCCUCCCCCAGAAUAUUCAACCUGCUUGGGUGACCUGUACAGUGUUGCUUGGAUGGAAGACAGUGAUAGACACAAUUUGCGAACAGAAUCUUUACACCAACAAUAUAAAGUGGUUAAGGAUAGGACUCUAUCUGGAGGUUGGUAUGGCUCUCACGUGAUGCAGUAUGGUGAUGUAGAGUUUAGCAAGGAUACUCUCUUCCUGUAUUUGGGUACAGAUCCUGCAAAUGAUAAUUUGACUUUUGUGGAUGAAAACUCCUUAUGGUCAUCUUCAACAGCAGUCAACCAAAGGGAUGCUGAUCUCGUCCAUUUUUGGCAUAAGUUCCGCAAAGCUCCGGAGGGUUCUCCUAAGAAAAAUGAAGCUCGGAAACAAGUUCUGGAAGUAAUGUCUCACAGAAUGCAUAUAGACGACAGUGUGAAACUUGUUGGAAAGCUUUUAUUUGGAUUUGAAAAGGCUCCUGAAGUACUGAAUGCUGUUAGACCGGCUGGAUCGGCACUUGUUGAUGACUGGGCCUGCCUGAAAACCAUGGUAAGGACUUUUGAGACACAUUGCGGAUCCUUGUCUCAGUAUGGGAUGAAACACAUGAGGUCCUUUGCAAACAUCUGCAAUGUAGGAAUAAAGAAAGAGCAAAUGGCUGAAGCCUCAGCACAAGCUUGUGUCACUGUUCCUGCCAGUUCCUGGAGUUCUCUGCAAAGAGGUUUCAGUGCAUAAUUCCUGUAAUGUUCACCAGUAAAGAUAAAAGCAUGAUUAUUGUUACAUUAUGUUAUGUGGUUGUACAUACAUAUCUUGUCCCGCCUCUGUAAAUGCAAUUGGGACA